AAAGAAAGAAUAUUUGGUCGUAUAAUCUGUUCGAUAUCGAAGUGAGAUGGCUCUGGGUAAUUCGCUGGUAAAGUAGCGGCAUCUAUUCCUCUUAUAUUUGGUAGCUUCAUGGAUGUUAUGAGUAAGAAGGAGUAUGAGUAAUAUGAGAGUAUAAUACAAAUAAAUAUAAUACAUCAUACCUUAAUAAUAUUAUUCAUUAUUGAAUUACCCUAAAUAUAGUGUUAUCUUCCUUAGCUUGUCCAUUCAUGUUAAUAAAAGAUAAAACGUUCAAAUCACAUCAAGAUAAAGUCUGGACUGUAGCGUUUAAUCCGCGUACAAAUAUUCUCGCUAGUUCAUCUGGUGAUCAUCAAGUACAUCUCUACGCAUUUCAAUCAAAUGAAUGGCAACAGGUAGCCAGCUUACCACAAGAACACAAGCGUACUGUUAGAGCUCUCGCCUGGUCACCUAAUGGAGCUUAUCUUGCCACUGGUUCGUUCGAUGCCACCGUAGGAAUUUGGGAGAAUGACGAUGGAAUACUCGAUAACUGGACAUGUACAGCCGUUUUAGAAGGACAUGAAAGUGAAUGCAAAAGUGUAUCCUUUAAUAGUUCCUCUACUCUCUUAGCUUCUUGUUCGAGAGAUAAAUCGGUUUGGAUUUGGGAAGUAACAUCCGGUAACGAACCAGAGUGCGUUAGUGUACUAAUGGAACACACUCAAGACGUAAAACAUGUCGCCUUUCAUCCACAUUCGGAUGAACUCCUGGCUAGCGCAAGCUACGACGACACUAUAAACAUUUACAAAGAUGACCCUAGUGAUGACUGGUAUGUCAGUUCUCGCUUUAAAAACCAUAAAUCGACAGUAUGGGCCUGUGAAUGGUCUCCGAAUGGCCAUCAUCUGGUCAGUGUGAGCGAUGAUAAGAGUAUAACGGCAUGGAAUGACAGUGGUGUCCCUACGGCCAUCUAUGAAAAUGCCCACUGUCGUUCAGUGUACGCCUUGGUCUGGAUAGAUGAUAAUAUUAUCGCCACUGGCGGCGCAGAUGGCCACUUAUGUUUGUGGAAACUGAUUUACAAUAACAAUCACAUAGAGGGACUCGAAUUAAUCCAAAAGAUCCAAAAAGCUCACGAUGGUGCUGAUAUUAACAGUCUGGCUUAUUCACACAAAACAAAGACACUAGCUAGCGCCGGUGACGAUGGAUGCGUCACGGUUUAUAAUUACUCAUAAAUUAGAUUUUC